AUGCAACCUGGGAGCAUAUAUGCCGAAAGGCAGAAGGAGCUUAAAUGGUACGAGAAGACUGGACGGCUGAGCAGUGGGAAGGGCAAACUACACGCGAAUGCCGACAGCCACCCUCGGACCCUGAGCACGCAAACUGGUACACAGACUGCAGAGGCAAGCACCGCCGCGGACAGGGGGUGCGUGGACGACCUCGUACGGCGCCUUCGAGACAUGCAUAGGGACUUGACAAUUCCUGUCGCACGGGGUUCGGAGACAGCAGACAAAAUUGCGAAACCAAUGGACGGGGAUGGACACAACUGA